ACUUUUAUAAAUGAUGUUGAUGCACUGCUUUUGUUAAAUACCACCUAGUAGGAAAAGCCCCGUUUCUCUCUGCAGGUUCUACCUACGUCCAUCCUAGUCUCUGAUGCUUAUUGUUGAAUCUUGCCCAACCUCCAACUGAUGGAAACCUUUACUGCUUUCAUUAGGAAAUUGAUUUAAUUUUUAAAACAAAACAACCAUCAACUGGUCCUUUUGCUUAUGGGCUCGGAUCGUCUCUCCAACCCCAUGAAUGGUUAAGCUGCAAAAGGCACUUAUAACACACGACCAUCAAACAAACCAUAUAUUCCUUUGCAUUGUUUUAGUACGAAUAGCGUAGGGAUUUAUUUCCAAGUCCCAAAACCUCUGCAAAGUGCCUGAAACGUGAGGCGUACGAGUUGCAAAAGGGCAACGAGAGCUGAAACGCGGUCAGUCUUUUGCUUCUUUAGAGCGGGAAUCUUUCAAAAUGUCACACUCCGAAUCUCUCAACAUUGCACUUCAUCCUCCUACGCACUUUUUAAACAGUCUGCUCUCCCUCCAGUCUCGGGUCGGCAUGCAGGACGGAUCUGCAUCAUGCUUCCCUUUGUGAAAAGUGCAAACGUUGAAAUACAUUUGGAUAAUGACCGCAUAGAAUUGGCAGACGGCUUGCCCAACGGUGCGCCCAUUCCUGUCUUGUCUGGGAAAAUUGUUUUGACAUCUUCAAAGAAUGUGGGAUUGGUGGACUUGACGUUGAGCGUGCAAGGCGUUCUGGACUGUGAUGCAACUGUAUUGAAUCUGGUGAAUGAUGUGAUUGGUACAUCGCCGGUACAUCCCGUAAGCCAGUCCAUACUCUCAUAUGAAAAGACACUAUGGCGAGCAUCUCCCGGGAAGCCGGCUGUUGCUCCUACCGAAACAGUUUCUACGACCUCGUCGCCUGUCAAGUCUCGAGAGCUACCUGGGGGAGACACUGUACUUUUGGGUAGUCAGGCUCCCAACAAAGGGUCAAAGGCUUCAACAUCCACCAAUGGAGAACUCCCCGCCGGACGUCGCGAGUGGCCAUUUUCUUUUAAAUUACCUUCCACAUUACUCCCCUCUGUUAACACUCGCUACGGACGGGUGUCGUAUAUUCUGAAAGCCAGACUAAAGCGAAAAGGCUUGGGACUGGAUUUUAACGCCCGACGAACAUUUACUGUCGUGCGCACAAGAUCACGAGGUGCUGCAUCUUUCGGUGACUUUCCCCUAGAGGACAAAACCGCCUUGUUCUCUGGCAUGGUCACAAUGCCAACGAUAGCAUUUUGCGAUGAUCCGACAUUACGUGUCAAACUUAACCUCAAAGUUUUGGAACCAAACAAGGUGCGGGAUAUUCGAUCUGUAAAGUGCUAUGUGAAAGAGGUUUCGGGCUUCUGCCACGAGGGACAAUUCUAUGAGAAUCAGACUCUUCUAGGCAGUCCAUCAAUAUGGAAGCCUGCUGAUGAACCACCGUCACCAGUAGAUGAUUCCGACGAGCAUCCCUUUGCAUUGGCGCGCACCAUGGUGCAAGCAGGUCAGAAACAGAAACUAGUGGACACGUCUGCUGUCCCGUUCACCGUAUCCACAGUGGGCGCGAAUAUGGAUUUUGAUACGCCUCAUAUGCGAAUAUACCAUCUUCUGAAAGUAAAAGUGGAUUACGAGCCUUGGGGAGCAGACCUUGGGAAAUCCCCUCCCCUGUCACUGCCAGGCAAUCCUCUAUCAAGCUCCUCGUCGACCUCCCAUCGUAAAGUAGAAACUUGUGUCAUGCAAAUACCACUCCCCAUGUGGUGGGCCAGCUCUCGACGACCCCAGUCGUGGCUGGAGGGUCUGCCGACGCGGACUGCAUCGGAAAAGCUUCUCGGCGUCUCAAAGUCACGUUUCCGUCUCCGCAAUUCGUCAGAACCCGUCGAGCUCCUAACUCGUCGUGUGCAUGAGCAAUCGCCGAACCGUCCCAUUUUUAGGAAGACGGCAGAAUCAUCACCAGCGCUAUAUAGCGGUAGGGAAAAUACGUUGGAGCGAUCAAACGCCGUCCGGGGCAAGAAAAAUGACGUGAACAAGGCGUUACCAUCUCGGCCAGAUUCAAUGUCCUCCGUCACUAGUGGGCAGUGGACAUUGGAUGAAACUGGUGUAUAUACUUUCAAGAUGGAAGAUGGUACUGCCACUUCUAGUGGCCUGGACACAGUUUUCGAAGAAGCAGACGAUGAGAACGCGGACGAAAGGGAAAAUAAACCCCCUCAAACUCAAGUCCCUGCUAGCGAUAAGAAGCAAAGAAACCGGCAGUCGGCUGGAUUCUACACAUCGAUUUCCAGAGACGACGGAAACCCUGUAUAUAGUUAUAAUGAACUCGCUCUCAGCGAAUCUGUGUUUACGUCUGGAAAGACUCUUACCGACAGUCCCAUCGCCGUAUCUGUUCGCGAAAGUGGCAAAUGGGAAUUGGACGCGGAAGGUGUAUAUACAUUUGUGUAAAUUGUAAAUAUAGUGUAGCGAGCAGGCUCCUUCUGAAUUCUACCCUGACCUGAUGGAAUUUUUGAC